UCUAAUCUGUAUAGAAAGAGAAACCCUAGUUCUCUUCGUCUCGCUAUCUUCGUACUGUGUAUUUUUUUCCUGAAUAUAUAUACGGAUAUGUACAGAGAUCGAGGCGGAGGGGCUUCAUCCAAGGGUGGAGAGAUGCUUGAAAGAAAGCGAAUCAACGAUGUAUUGGACAAACACUUCGACAAGUCCUCCCCUUCCACCUCCAGAAACAAGGGUUCCGCCGUCGCCGUCGCCGUACCCUCCGCCGUUGCUAAGCAUACUGACCACCGGAACAUCCUCCCCUCAUCCACUGCCAACAAGAACAAAGUUUCCGAGGAUGAAUCUGAAACGGACAGUGAAGAGUCUGAUGUCAGUGGUUCUGAUGGAGACGAUACAUCUUGGAUUUCCUGGUUUUGCAACUUGCGUGGAAACGAGUUCUUUUGUGAAGUUGAUGAUGAAUAUAUUCAAGAUGAUUUUAAUCUCUGUGGGUUAAGCAGUCAAAUACCGUAUUACGAAUAUGCGGUGGACCUGAUUCUUGAUGUUGAGUCUUCUCAUGGUGAUGUGUUUACCGAGGAACAGAACGAAUUGAUUGAAUCAGCUGCAGAAAUGCUCUAUGGCCUUAUUCAUGUCCGAUACAUUUUAACAACCAAGGGAAUGGCUGCAAUGUUAGAGAAGUACAAGAACUAUGACUUUGGAAGAUGUCCGAGAGUUUACUGCUGUGGACAGCCUUGUCUUCCCGUUGGACAGUCGGACAUCCCACGCUCAAGUACCGUAAAGAUUUACUGUCCCAAGUGUGAAGAUGUUUACUAUCCUCGAUCCAAGUACCAAGGCAAUAUUGAUGGAGCAUACUUCGGAACGACUUUCCCUCACCUCUUCUUGAUGACUUAUGGACAUCUCAAGCCACAGAAGCCAACACAGGACUAUGUGCCGAGAGUUUUUGGCUUCAAGCUCCACAAGACUUGACGAACAAGUUUCCAAAUUAUAUCGAGCCCUUAAUUAUUCGCCAAUCAGAUGCUUCUCUCGUGUGGCGUGUGAUGUAUGAGUAGAUUGUGAACAAUGGCAGGUGAAAGAAAAAAAAAAAAAGAUGCAGCAACUUUUCAAUAUGUCGAAAUUGCUUGUUUGAUGGAGAAGCCAGGUGUAGCCAGUCGCAUCUGUAAUGAACAUUCAUUAUUUAAAUUCAAAGGGCAUGUAAAAGCUGAUUUAUUUAACGCAACGUGAAUUGCUUGCUAAUGCUUUAUCGCGUACUUGAUCGUCGUUAUAUAUGCAUAAGGGGAAGCCUCUUGCGAUUCAGGCAACUAAUGUUAACUGCAUACUUCAUAUAUAACACCAGACUUUUUUUU